AUGGUUAGGGCAUUGAAACAUCAUGAAAAGAAGCUUUUAAAGAAAGUGGAUUUUCUUGACUGGAAACAAGAUCAGGGUCACCGAGAUACGCAGGUGAUGAGAACAUACCAUAUUCAGAACAGAGAAGACUAUCAUAAGUAUAACAAAAUAUGUGGUGAUAUUAGAAAACUAGCAAAUAAGCUUUCAUUGCUUAAACCUACCGAUCCAUUUCGUAUAAAGCACGAGCAGUUGCUAUUAGAGAAGCUAUAUAAUAUGGGAGUAUUGGCAACCAAAUCGAAAAUAAGUGACUUGGAGAACAAGGUCACUGUCAGUGCUCUUUGUCGAAGAAGGAUUGGAGUGGUCAUGUGCAGGCUAAAAAUGGCAGAGACUUUGGGAGAUGCUGUUAAAUUUGUUGAACAAGGACAUGUCAGAGUCGGGCCAAAUGUCAUUACUGACCCUGCCUACCUUGUCACGAGAAAUCUUGAGGAUUACUUGACCUGGGUUGACAACUCCAAGAUUAAGAGAAAUUUGCUCAAAUAUAGAAACAAAAUUGAUGAUUACGAGUUGUCGUGA